AAAACUGGAGGGAACACACAUCACUCCCAUUUCUCAAACAUCGCUGCUCUGUUCUUCCUUCUUUCUCAUCACUUCCAAUUCCAAACCCUAACUUUUCUCUCUUCCAACAAUGGAAGAAACCCUAAGCCCUACUCAGAAACAGAGACUCCCCGUUGCCGCGCGCAUUCAAUCUCCUACAAGUCCAUUCCUUCUAGGUUCCAACGAUGAUCAGCUCGAACGCGCUCAAGCACGUGCAGCACGCGCCGCUGCUAUCCGCCGCAAGAACCUCACCGUUUCCCAAUCUCUUGAUGCCGAUUCCGAUCCCUUUCUCAAUAAACAGCAAAUCUUCGAUUUGUUCCAAAACUGCAUAAAGCUCGCCAGCGAAAAUAAAAUUAAUCAGAAAAACACGUGGGAGUUAAACUUGAUUGAUCACCUUACUGAUAUUAUUAAGGCGGAAGAAGAAAAUGACACCGAGACUAAUUUUCAAAAGGCAAGCUGCACUCUUGAGGCUGGUGUCAAAAUUUAUUCAUUAAGGGUGGAUUCAGUUCAUUCUGAGGCAUAUAAAGUCCUUGGUGGGAUGAAUAGAGCAGGCCAAGAAGAUGUGCAAGACACUACCUUGGAGGGUGUUAAUGUUGAAACUGGAAAAGAAGGAAGCAGGAAAGAGACAGAUAAAAAGUUGUCGCCUUUGUCAACACUGGAACCAUCUUUUGAGGUUCUCAAUGUAAAGAAGUUUGAUGCUGCAUUUGUCGUGGACCCACUAUAUCGCCAGACAACAGCAAAAUUUGACGAAGGCGGAGCCAAAGGUCUUUUAAUGAACAAUCUCGGUGUAUAUGGUGGAUGUAAGGUGCUCUUUGAUUCACUAGAAGUUCCUGCAAAUUGUAUGGCGAGCCAAAAUGAACAUGAUACUUCAGAGACCAUUGAUCUUUCUUUUGCCAGAGAUUGUGUUGAGCAGAUGGUUUUGGAGAUGCGUGUGAAGGAUGAAAUUUCUCCAACUCUCAGAACUAUAGUAAACCAAUUCGAUGAAAAUAAUAAAAGGCCUACUAAUUUUCAACUUCAUAGCCAGAAUUCAAAUUCAGUGGAAGAGCUUGAUGUUGAUUUCAAUUGUGAAAAUGGGGCUGAGAGAGAUGAAUAUGAGAACUGUGCGACCUGGAAUGACGAUGAUCAUGAUGACCAAACAGUUGAUGCUGAUCUAGGCUCUAAUGAUAUAGAUCCAAGUUUCCCUAGUUAUCCUCAGGAAAAUGAGCAAUUUCCUUCCACAGACCCUGACAUGGAUGACAGAUUUGAAAAUGUUGACGGGUUCUUAUCCUUGAGUCUCGGUUUUAGUUCAAAACAAAAUGCAUGGGCAGGCCCUGAUCAUUGGAAGUAUAAAAAAUCCAAAGUCUCUGAGGUUCAACCUACUUCCGAAGAUGGGGCAACCCAGAAAACUAGGCACACAAAGAGCAAGAGACAAGCUGAAAUUGAUUUAGAUUUUACAAAUUCUCUGGAGAAGAACAUGUUGGAUAUAUUUGCGCCUCCCAAGAAUCCCAAAACAUUACUUCUCCCUGAAAGCAGAGCGCCUUGCAAUACAAAACUUCCAGAGGACUGCCACUAUCAGCCAGAGGAACUUAUCAAGCUAUUUCUUCUUCCGGAUGUGAAGUGUCUUGGGAGGAGGGUAAAAAGAUUCUCAGACGCAGAUGGAUCUAGAGAACAAUGCAAUGAGAAUGAUUUAUUCCCUUCUUGGGAUAAUGGAAGUGCUUGUGGUGACGAGUCUGGUGAUUAUGGAGGCGAUCAUCACAGUGACAUGGAGGACAUUGACACUCUUAUUACUCAGCCUCGUCAGGUCAGUAAAAUCGAAGUCCAGUACGACAAAACAUCCAAACAAGUUGAUGUUCAAGCGCUUAAAAUUACUCUUUGGGACCAUGUUCAAGCAUCUACUAAGCUUCCUCCUGUUCAGGGUCAAGAAGAAAUAGUAUCUUUCAAGAAUAUAUUGGCUAACUUUCCUGGCGAAUGCAAUGCGGCUGCAAACAUCAGUGACAUCUCUCCUCAUUUGUGCUUCAUAUGUCUACUGCAUUUGGCAAAUGAGAAAGGAUUGAGCAUUCACAGCUUCCCCGACUUGGAUGAUCUUUCAAUACGCUUUCCACAUGUUGGUGAUGCUAUAAGUGAAACAGUAGUUUAGAUACUAGACUCAUUUGUUCUGCACUUGAGGAAUUAGAAAAUAGUUUGAUGGAGAUUGUAACAAGUUAGCUUUUGGUUGUAAUUGUUCCAGUCUCAUCAAGUAAUUGUCAGAUUUAUCGUGAUGUACAUUAGCUCUUACAGUUCAUGGGAGUCAACUCAUGGUGUGCCCCCAUUUGUAUCCUCUAUUUUGGAUCCUUUCUUGUGACUCAUGUUCAACUUCAAGUUUGAUCAAUGGAUGAAUGAUGCUUAGAGCACUACCUCACCCUACAUUUUCUAUUAAGGUCAUGUUUGUCAAUGACAAACUGCCUGUUUAUAGUGUAGAAACUCGUAUAAUCAAAAUCAAACUGCUUAUAACUAUUUUAUCCCAUGAGAUUCUAAUAUUUUUUUCA